CCUCGCUUCACCCCUUUCUCUCUUCUUUUCUUGUGUUGUUUUACUCUCUUUCUUCUCUCUCUGGCUCCAUCAAGUUCUGUUCUUGAAAGAGAGAGAAAAAGAGCAAAAAUGGCGACAUCUUUAUCCGUGGAGAAGACCACCUCUGGUCGUGAAUACAAGGUUAAAGACAUGUCUCAGGCUGAUUUUGGUCGUCUCGAAAUCGAGUUAGCCGAAGUUGAAAUGCCUGGACUUGUCUCUUGUCGUACUGAGUUUGGUCCUUCUCAACCUUUUAAAGGUGCUAAAAUUACUGGAUCUCUUCAUAUGACUAUUCAAACUGCUGUUCUUAUUGAAACUCUUACUGCUCUUGGUGCUGAAGUUCGUUGGUGUUCUUGCAACAUCUUCUCUACUCAGGACCAUGCUGCUGCUGCCAUUGCUAGGGACAGUGCAGCUGUGUUUGCCUGGAAGGGUGAGACCCUUCAAGAGUACUGGUGGUGCACAGAGAGAGCUCUUGACUGGGGUCCUGGUGGCGGUCCCGACCUCAUCGUUGAUGACGGUGGUGACGCUACCUUGUUGAUCCACGAGGGAGUUAAGGCCGAGGAGGAGUUUGAGAAGAGCGGCAAGAUUCCCGACCCAACCUCCACUGACAAUGUCGAGUUCCAGCUCGUAUUGGGUCUCAUCAAGGAGAGUUUGAAGGUUGACCCUAAGAGGUACCACAAGAUGAAGGAGAGAUUGGUUGGUGUUUCCGAGGAGACCACCACCGGUGUUAAGAGGCUUUACCAGAUGCAGGCUAACGGCACCUUGUUGUUCCCUGCCAUCAACGUUAACGACUCUGUCACUAAGAGCAAGUUUGACAACUUGUACGGAUGCCGCCACUCCCUCCCUGAUGGUUUGAUGAGAGCCACUGAUGUCAUGAUUGCCGGCAAGGUCGGUGUUGUCUGUGGAUACGGAGAUGUUGGAAAGGGUUGUGCUCUUGCCUUGAAGGCUGCUGGUGCUCGUGUGAUCGUGACUGAGAUUGACCCUAUCUGUGCUCUCCAAGCUCUUAUGGAAGGUUUCCAGAUCUUGACCUUGGAAGAUGUGCUUGCUGAGGGUGACAUCUUUGUCACCACCACCGGUAACAAGGACAUUAUCAUGGUCGACCACAUGAAGAAGAUGAAGAACAACGCCAUUGUUUGCAACAUUGGUCACUUUGACAAUGAGAUUGACAUGCACGGGCUCGAGACCUACCCAGGAAUCAAGAGGAUCACCAUCAAGCCCCAAACUGACCGUUUCGUCUUCCCUGAAACUAAAUCAGGUGUCAUCAUCCUGGCUGAGGGUCGUCUCAUGAACUUGGGUUGUGCCACUGGUCACCCUAGCUUUGUCAUGUCAUGCUCAUUCACCAAUCAAGUUAUUGCUCAGCUUGAGUUGUGGAAUGAGAAGGCAUCCGGCAAAUAUGAGAAGAAGGUCUACGUGUUGCCCAAGCACCUUGAUGAGAAGGUUGCUGCCCUUCACCUUAACAAGCUCGGUGCUAAGCUCACCAAGCUCACCAAGGAUCAGUCCGACUACCUCAGCAUACCUGUUGAGGGUCCUUACAAGCCAGCUCACUACAGGUAUUGAAGUGAGAAUUUGCAGAGAUCGGCUUAUUGGAUCAUCCAAGAGGAGAGGGACAGUGUUCUUCCUUAUCGUAAUUCGCUUAGGAUUGUUAGUUUUUUGUGCUUUUCUUUGAUGUUGGGAAGGAUGGAAUGGACAAAGUUUAUAUCAAAGUGUGUUUGAUUCAAGUCCAAGAACGGGUUUUGAAUAAAGAUGAUGAUUGUCGUAGGCGUAUAGUAUGUUUGUAAUUCACUCACUAGACUUGCUGCUUUCGUGCAUUUUGGUGAGUCUGGUUAUAGUUUUUCAGUCAAUGAAGAGGAAUGAAUGUUGUCAUUUCAGUUACAAA